AUGGUUCUCGCUCAAGGUGAUAAAUUCCCAUCAGGAUUCGAAUUCAAGUACGUGCCAAUUGAGUUGGAAACUCUUAACCAGGACGACGGCCUCGCCUGCGGCAGGCCCUUGCCAUUGAACUUGGACAGCUUGAUUGAGAAAAACAAGGGACACAAUGUCUUGUUUGUUGCUGUUCCUGGUGCCUUCACGCCAACAUGCACUGAAAACCAUAUUCCUCCAAUCUUGGAGCAUUUGAAGGAGUUGAAGGCUAAGAAGAAUAUCUCCACCGCUGUGUUCUUGAGUGCCAACGACCCAUUUGUCAUCAAUGCGUGGGGUAAGUUGUUGUUGAAGCAGCAGAAGGUUUCUCCCAGUGACGAUUUGCCUAAAAUUAUCUUUGCCUCUGACCCUAACGCUUCCUUCUCUCAGAAAAACGGACUUUCUUUGGAUUUGACUGACGCCGGUCUUGGUGUAAGAACCAACCGGUACGCCUUGAUUGUCAACGGUGACAACAACACCGUUGCCUACUUUGGCGUCGAGUCACAACCUGGCGUUACCGUGUCUGGCUACGACGGAAUCUCUUCUGCUAAGUUGUGA